GUGCAGGAGCCCCUGCUGGGGCAGCUGAUGGUGACCAUCAGCAGUCAGAAAGACCCAGGCAAUGCCCACGGAGGAAUCUCACAGUGUCACCAUCCAUUACAUGAGUAGGUAUCAACGGAACCCCAGGGGACGACCUUGGGGCACAGAACGGGGCAGGGAGAAGCAGCUGCAUGGGCAGGAGGCAGCGGUGCUGCAGGGCUGGCACCUUUCUCGCCCUGCUCCUGGCAGCGUCCUGAAGGAGAUGAGAAGGGCAUCAGCACCCUGGCCCAGGGUGUGCUGUGGGCACAGCAGCCGGUGCAGGGCUGGAGAGAGGACCCCUCUCUUCCCUCUGCCUCCUACCCCGGCCUGCAGCUCUCCCCGUUCUUGCUCUUCAUCAGGUGUAGCUGCUUCCGACUCUAGCAUCCAGUUGCAGAAUGAGGAAAAGGAAGCCCACGGCUACAUCAUGGACUUUGUCAAAAGCACCAGAAGGGAUCGGGAGUCGAAGAUGAAGUUUCUGGCCUCCAUCGACAUGCUCUGCAGAGCCUCACUGCGGGGAAGGUACCAAAGCCCAACAUCCCAUGAGCUGCUGAAUAAACUGGAGGCACUAAUGCAAAACGAGGCCUUUGACAACAUGGACACCAUGAUGUGGCAGCAAGCCCUGCUUGCCGUCGCUGCACUGAGCGAAUACAGGGAAGACCUGCUGGACAACCGCCUCUACAAACACAUAGGUGGCACCUUCAGUUUUGUUGCAAGUGAGACGAUUAGCCAGCGUACUCCAUUCUAUGAUCAGAUCCUGAAAACUCUGGACAGUGUGCUGGAGGUGCUGAUACGUGGUGCUUCACAGAGAUCCUGCAUCUUCAUAACAGGGAAAAUAUUGCAGGCUCUGCUGCCCAUCACGGCAUCCGAGGACAUGGCUAAGCGCCGGAAGGCUGUAGAGUGGAUUGUACGCCUCAGCUACUUUUUAUCACCCUCUUCAAUGCUGGAGCAUUUGAAUGCAAGACACGGCAUGCAGUGCUUCUCCAGAAGCAAGCCUCUGGAAUUCCUAGGGCAGGCAAUGGGGUACCUUGCCCUGUCCUGUGCUGAGGAGGACCAGGAGAUCAGCUGCGGGGCUUUCCAGGCACUGUGUAACUUCAGGAGGUUCCUUCUGGUGCGACAGAGCUACUGUGCAAAAUGUGAGGAUGCAGAGAUCCCUCUGGAGCGGGAAGGCCCUAACACCUUGUGGCCUAUGGAGCUCAAUGAUGAAAUGGUGGCAACUGGGAGGUUCUUACUCCCACAUGAGAGGUACAACUUAGUCCUCACAGUCUUGAGGAACAUGGCACAAGAAAGAGUCUCUAACAUCCAGGUGAUUGCCAACACGCUGAAGGUAGUCUUGGCGCACUCGUGCUUGAAGCUGACCAAGGUGGACGACCUCGUGCAGAUCAUCUAUAGGCAGCUGAUGCUUGUCACCAGAAGGUCGCUGCGGGACAUCCUGAUGCAGACCCUUCUCCAAAUGGCGCAGCUGCACUCUUGGGAUGUGACCACUAGCCUGCUGCAUAUUUCCAUCACUGGUGACAUAGAUGUGGCCCUUCAGCUUCAGGGGAAUCCUAGGGCCUCUGAGAACUGCCCAGACAAAACUUGUUAUGGCCAGGAUGGCCCCACUGACUCUGAGCUCUGGCAUCACGCCACUGCCGAGGCCAUGUGGAACAUGCUGGUAUGUGAGCCCAGCAUUUCGGGCGGAAUACUGAAGUCGCUGCUGCUGAUCCAGCACACAAGCAUGUCGCAGAACAACUUCGGCACAAAAUGCAACUGCCACUUACUGCUGACUGUAGCUAGUGUCAUGCGCAUGGUCUUCCUGGUGCCCUCCAACCAAAGCAACGUAAGGAAACUUUUAGAGGAGCUCUUCAUGGCAAUGGUCUUGCAGAUCUCCUUCACCAUGAAGAGCCCACAGGAGGGCUGCUGCUGCUUUGAGAUUUGGAAAAAGGAGGCUGAGGAUCGUGUAGUCAACCGUCGCAGGUGCAUGGUGAGGACCAUGCAAGCUUUCUUCCAUUUUCUGGGUGGUGACUCCCUGGUUGAAGACAUCAAAGGGCAGGGUGCCUGGGACAUGCUCGUGAGCCCCUGCGACUACCCCGCUGGAAUCAGGGUGCUGAGUAGAGUGAUGAAGCAUAAAGAACAGGUCAGCUGUGCCUCCAUAUGCGAAGACGCGGUUGGAAUCAUACAAUCGUAUGAGGACAUCUGUGCCAUUAUUGUCUUCAUUGAGGUGGGCCUGGUGGCAAGUAUUUCUUCUCCAAGAGCAGGCAGGGGGAAGCUGGGCCGCAUGCAUGAGGCAGAGCGGAGGUGGCAAGGGUGCCACUGCCUCCCGUCGGAGCUGUGCCCAGCUCUGCUACCUUGCCCUGAGCCUUCCAGGAGCUCUGCUGCUGUGCUGGGCUCUCAUUCUGCUCCGGGUGUGUUUCAGCUCCUGGACUGCACAAGGUUUAAGACUGACGAUAGCCCCGUCCUGCAUGUCCUCCACACGCACCUGCGUAGCAGGAGUUCGGUGCCGCACAAGGUAGCGGUCACAAGCCUCGCCACGCUGUCUGAGAAUCCUGAGCAGGCAAAGGCUAUGUCUCUGCAAGGCCUGCUGCCAGCCGUUAUGCAGCAACUGCAGGAUGAUGACUGCGACGUCACGAAGGCAGCCCUGACUGUCCUCAGCAACGUGCUCUGCGCUGUAGACAGGCAGACGGCUGGCCCCAUUGCUCUGCAGCUGCCCAAAAUGCUCCUGCCACUCUUUGAAAAUGCGAGCAGCUGCGUGCGAAGGCGGUCCAUCCUCCUCAGCAGAGAUGUGAUGAGGGUUCCAUUCAGGUCUCACAAAAAGCAGAUGAGGAAGGAUGUGCAGAGAUGCCUCCUGCCCUUGUUCUUCCACCUGCAUGACUGUGACUCAGGUGUGGCUCAGGUGGGCAUUUCUCAGCUCUUUGAAUGUGUUUCAGCUGGAGCCCUGUUGAGGGCUCGGAUCCCCUUCCUGCCUGCAGCCGCAGAGCUGGCAGCCCCUGUGAAGGUGGAUAGGGACAUACCCUAUACCUGCUCUGCCACAUCCAGCAUGGCCCAGCCGCACUGCUGGCCACAAAGACCUGAGCACUGGAGGCCCUGUGGGCUUUCCAGCAGCACCUGCAGGUGCCUAAGGGCAGGUUUUGACCCCAACCUUUACUGCCCUUGUGCUCUGCCCAGGGACCUCCAGGUCCUCUUUCCUGGGUAGAGGUGCCAUCUCCCUGUCCCUGCUGCUUUGAAGGCCUCCAAGGAAGCUGUCGUUGAAGCCGCCAAGUUCCUGAGGUGGCAGCAGCUCCGGAAGCUGCUGCAGACAGAGCAGAUAUGGAGGGCUGGCAAGUGCAUGGUAAGGAUGUCCCCAAAGCCCCGCAAGCCAGCCUG